GUCAAGAGAUACGUUAAGAAGCGUCCACCUGAUGUAGUUCUUUACUUGGACCGCCUUGAUAUGAUUGACAUGCGAUACAGUGAUUACUCCCUCCUGCAGCUUAUAACUGAAAUCUUGGGUGCAGCUAUAUGGUUAAACACGAUACUUGUAAUGACACAUUGUUCAACUGCUACAGAAGGACGUAAUGGACAAUCUAUGAACUACGAGUCAUAUGUGGGCCAGCGCAUGGAUGUGGUUCAGCAUUAUAUACAUCAGGCUGUAUCUGAUACAAAACUAGAAAACCCUGUGCUGUUAGUUGAGAAUCAUUCGAGCUGUAAAAAGAAUCUUGCGGGUGAGUCUGUUCUUCCAAAUGGACUGGUAUGGAAGCCUCAGUUUAUGUUUUUGUGCGUUUGUACCAAAGUUCUUGGCGAUGUCCAAUCUCUACUAAGGUUUCAUGACAGCAGUGGCCUGGGACAGCCAAGUAGUACCCGAACAGCUUCCCUUCCUCAUCUUCUUUCAGUGUUUCUGCGCCGUCGCUUACAAUCAGGUGAAGAUGAAGCAGAGAAAGAGAUAGACAAGCUUCUGAAUUCAGAAUUAGAGGAGGAAGAUGAGUAUGACCAGUUGCCUACAAUCCGUAUUCUUGGGAAAUCCCGGUUUGAAAAGCUGUCAAAGUCUCAGAAGAAAGAGUAUCUCGACGAGCUUGAUUACAGGGAAACCCUUUAUCUGAAGAAGCAAUUGAAGGAAGACUUCCGUAGACGACGGGAUGAAAAGCUAAAUGAAGAGGAAAAUCUCAAUGACACUGAACAGAGCGACCAAGCAGCUGUUCCACUGCCUGACAUGGCAGGUCCAGACAGUUUUGAUUCGGAUUUUCCGGCUCACAGAUAUCGAUGCGUUGUGGCAGGUGACCAGUGGCUCGUGAGACCUGUCUAUGAUCCACAAGGUUGGGAUCGCGAUGUGGGAUUUGAUGGUAUAAAUAUUGAGACAGCUGCAAAAAUAAAAAGG